AGAGAGGAAUCCAGGAGGAGAUAGAAGUAAAAGAGGUGGAUCAGAGAGCAGUCAAAGAGGAAAUGGAAAAGAGAGAAGUCAAAGAGGAAGUAGAGAUGGCAGUCGAAGAAGAGGGGGAGCAAGCAGUCAAAGAAGAGCAUGAGAGAACAGUCAAAGAAGAAGAGGAGGAGGAGGAGGAUAUAAGCAUCAAAGAAGAGGUGGAGGAAAGAUCAGUGAUAGCAGAAGAGAACAAGGAAGAAGCUGCUCAACAUCUAGGAACUAAAGAAGUAGAUAGUAUCAGUGACCCAGGAGAGAUCUCCAACCCAGGUUCAGACAGUGAGCCCAGUUCCACAGCAUCAGGAAACCAUAAACAACACAGACGGAGGAACUCAAGACAGAAACAUCACCACUGCAUGGACUGCUUCACUAGUUUCUAUGAGCCAGAGGAGUUGAGAAGACACACUUGUAGGCCCCGCCCCUGCUCAGAUUGCAGAGGCAGUUUUAUUUGUCCGAUUCACCUCAAAUCACACCAACAAAGUCUCAAAAUAAAGAUGUACCCGUGUGGUCAAUGUGGGAAGAGAUUUCAGACCCCAAGCAGCUUGAAGAUGCACCAGCUUACUCACACAGGAAAGAAGUCGUACCACUGCUUUCAGUGUAGGAAGACUUUCGGUUGGUCAUUCAAUUUGAAGAGACACCAGAAAAUACACACAGGGGAGAAACCUUUCCACUGCUCCCAGUGUGGAAAGAGCUUCAGUCAGACAGGAGACCUAAAGAAACAUCAGAGAAUACACACAGGAGAGAAGCCUUACCACUGCUCUGAGUGUGGGAAGAGCUUCAGUAUAGAAGCAAAUCUAAAGGAGCACCAGAAAAUACAUACAGGGGAGAAGCCUUUCCACUGCUCCCAAUGUGGUAAAAGCUUCAGUCGGUUAAGAGAACUAAAGAAACAUCAGAGAAUACACACAGGGGAAAAGCCAUACAGCUGUGAUCAGUGUGGGAAGAGUUUCAGUCAAACAGGAGUCCUAAAGAGACACCAGCUAACUCACACAGGAGAAAAGCCUUUCAACUGCUCCCAGUGUGGGAAGGAUUUCAGUCAGUCAUCACUUUUGAAAAGACACCAGCUAACGCACACAGGAAAGAAGCCUCACCACUGCUCUCAUUGUGGAAAAAGUUUUAAAUUGGAAGGAAGCCUUCAGAGUCAUCAGAGAAUACACAAUGGAGAGAAGCCCCACCACUGCUCCCAAUGUGGGAAAGCUUUCAGUCAGGCAGUAGACCUAAAGAAACACCAGAGAAUACACACAAGGGAGAAGUCUUUCCAAUGCUCUCAGUGUGGGAAGACUUUCGGUCGGUCAUUAUUUUUGAAGCGACACCAGAGAAGACACACGGGGGAGAAGCCUUUCCACUGCUCCCAAUGUGGGAAGACCUUUAGUGAAAAAGGAAAUCUUAAGCAACACCAGAGAAGACACUCAGGAGAGAAACCGUACAACUGUGAUCAGUGUGGGAUUUGUUUUAAAUGGAAACAAAGCCUGAAGGAACAUACGGAGGCAAAGCACAGUGCAGUGCCCAACUCUAGCCUUAUAAUGGAGUUGCCAAGCUGGGCAUCUACAUAUCUGACUAAUAUUGACUGACUGUCUUUUUUUUGUUAUUCUGUUAAACCUCUUUUAAAAUAUAUAUUUGAUCUUCUAACACUUUAUUUAGACAGCCAAAACACAGGAGACGACAGGAAACUGGUAGGGUGGACACAGGAAACUGGUAGGGUGGACACAGGAAACUGGUAGGGUGGACACAGGAAACUGGUAGGGUGGACACAGGAAACUGGUAGGGUGGACACAGGAAACUGGUAGGGUGGACACAGGAAACUGGUAGGGUGGACACAGGAAACUGAUAGGGUGGACACAGGAAACUGAUAGGGUGGACACAGGAAACUGGUGGACACAGGAAACUGGUAGGGUGGACACAGGAAACUGGUAGGGUGGACACAGGAAACUGAUAGAGUGGACACAGGAAACUGGUGGACACAGGAAUUGAAAACCGGUGUCCAGUGGGGAGGAUGUGCGACUGGCUGCAGUGUUACCGCUCUACAACAGGUUAUUAUUCUGUCACACUUGGAAGUUCACUUAUAAUAUUCUCAUAUGGAAAUGUACUAAAGAGUUCCAUCACGGGGAUCAUAUCCUGCAGAAAUCCAUUCUGUUUCUAUCUGCAUAAAGUCAAUUAUUUACUUUCUGAACUAAACUUCCAUUACCAGCAAGACACACAAUUAUGUGGAACAUGGUAUGUGGAACAUGGUAUGUGCAUAAUGAUGUCAUUUCACCAGACUGCCCACGUAUCUGCUUAAUGUAACACUUUCUCUGGGUGAUUUGUGAUGUUUUACUUCCCAUGACUGUGUUUGUAUAUGUGUAUAUUUAUAUUGUAUUAUACAGGGCACAUUGGAAAGAGAGACCUAGGUCUCAAUAUGUCUUCCCAGGUCAAAUAAAGGUAAAAACAUCACUAAUAAUAAUGACCUGAUUUUAAAAAGUAGAGGACAGACAUAAGGGAAGGCUGUUGUCUGUAUUAACCAGUGGUCUACUAUAAUGCAGGGUAUAAUGUAAAGUAAAAAUAAAAUAAUGACAAGAUAAG